AUGGCCGCUUCACCCGAACUGAUCAGCUUCACCAAUAGCUUGCUCAAUACUGACAAUAUGCUAUCGCCUCUUCACCACUCCUUUGCCGCCGCAGACGCUGCUACACGAAGAACCUCUGCCGGCGAACCAUUGAGCGCUAGCUCGCCGCGUAUUGCUGAGGCCUACGUCAACAGCCCCAAGCGCGACCCACUUCGCGAUGGAUACCGAGCUACUCCACCAUCCUCUGCAUGGAGACACUCCAACUCAUACACUGGGCGCGACGCAUCUCCAUGGUAUACCGACCCUCGUUCUUCGCCCUUUGCAUCGUCAGCAGCCCGCGACUAUGCCACUCUGGAACUCGAGUCCAGUCUAGGCGCUCCAUCACAUCCUCCUGGCGAUCCUUCUCUUCAUUACGGCGAUACCAGCAAUGCUGACAGCGUCGUUGCUCUCCUCCACGCUGCCGCCGCCGCCAACGAGGCUAGCAAGUCCACCGACCGUUCCAACGAGAACCGUUUCCCAUCCCCAAGCGCCUUCUAUCAGCAGGGCAUGCCUACCUACGGCAUCCCACCAUACUCGGCCGCUUACCGAUCCAACUCGUCUGCGCUCGCAUUCACCAACUCACCCAAUCUCGGCUUUGCCCGCCCUUACCGAGGCCUCGAUGCCUCUUUGGACGGCGCAUCACCCUAUGCUUCGGCUACUGCAACCAUCCAGCCUUCGGCCACUGACCAAGACAACAAAGUGCAAGUCAAGUCCGAGCCCGACACACAACAGUCUCUGGCACCGCCACCACCCACCAACAAGGCACCUGGUCGAGGCCGCAAGAAGAGCAACCUCAAGCAAGGGGCCCAAAAGCAAAGAGUAGCCCAAGAGCAAGCCGCCAACCUGCCUACCGCCAACCUGCCUACCGCCAACCUGCCUACCACCAACCUGCCUACCACCAACCGUCCAAGUGCUCUCGACAGCGUUGUCUCGGCCGCGCUAGCAGCUUCCGAAGCUCCGACAAGCUAUGCCGAUCCAGCCUUUUCGCAGUACGGAUACCCCGACUACAAUGCCACUGGCAUGCCUGCCAACGCCUUCUCGAGCAACCCUCUCGUUUCGCUAGCUGCUCAGGUUGCUGGUGCUAUGGCUCCUACUCCUGCAGCCGCGCCUCAAGCAGCCACCUCAGCUGAACCACUUGAAAAAGUCGCACCUGCUCCUUCAACUUCACCGAGAAGCGCUGCUGCUGCUGCUGCUGCUGCUGCCGCCGUCUCUGCAACCUCACCAACUUCGCCAGGUGGCACCAAGGGCAAGACUGAAAGCGAUGCAGGUGGACCCAAGUUGCACGAAUGCGAGACCUGUGGCAAGUCGUUCAGUCGAAGAUCCGACUUGGCACGCCACAGACGCAUCCACACCGGUGAACGACCUUACCCAUGCGACUAUCCCGGCUGUGGCAAGAGCUUCAUUCAGCGAUCAGCUCUCACAGUUCACUCGCGUGUCCACUCCGGCGAGCGACCCCACAAGUGCGAGUUCGAAGGAUGUGACAAAAGCUUCUCGGACAGCAGUUCACUCGCUCGUCACCGCCGUACUCACACUGGCCGACGUCCGUACGUCUGCGACUUGCCCAAGUGCGGCAAGAUGUUCACUCGACGCACUACACUCAACCGUCACUCGCGAUGCCACCAGCCUGGUUACGUCAAGCCCAAGAGCCGCGGAAAGGGUCGUGGCAAGGGCAAAAAGUCGGCCAACAAGGAUGAUCCUUGUGCAGCCAACCAUGACGAUGAUGACGACGGCGACGACGACGAUGAUGAUGAUGAUGAUGAUGAUGAUGAAGAAGAUGACAGCGAGGAGGAGGAUGAGGACGAAGAUGAGGACUCUCAAGCCGAGUCUCGAUCUGCUUCUUCCGAGCCCGCUCAAUCUCUCACUCCUCCCGAAACUUCGGCUCAGGUUGCCAAGGGAGCCAAGCGUGCUGGCCCCAAUGGCGGUCGCGGACGCAAGAACUCCUCGGCAAAGAAGGCCAACACUGGCAGCAACAGCAACGCUGCCGGUGUCGUCAACCGCAUGAACCGUUCUGCUAGCGACGCUGAGGCUGCCAUGACGUUGGCUCAGGCUGCUCUUCAGGCUCAGUUCAACCCUUACUACACUGAGCAGGUGAAUGGUGGAGGUGUCUCUGCUGCCGAUGCACAGCAAGGUGCAGCCGCCGCAGCGGGCAUGUCCUGGCCAGGCUCAUCCGGCUUUGGUGCUUACCCUAUCUCAGCCCAGGACGGCACAGCUGCUUUGCUUGCUGCUAGCAACCACGCCAGUUUCUCGCCAGGUAUGGGCAGCAACGACUCGAACGAGGCUAUGGAAGCCGCUGCUGCUGUACUUGGUGGAUUCGCCAACUCGCCUAAUGCCGCCAGCAACGGUCAGGAUAACACACACUCGACCAGCUCGCUUUCCGAAGCACAAUUGUUGCUCGAUGCUGCAAUGAGCCCCGUGCCUGGACAUGCUACCAUCCCAGGUACCAGUGAAGAUGCUGCUGCCAAGGGUGCUAUUGCCAAGGGUGCUGCUGCCAAAGGUGCUGCUGCCAAGGGUGUUAUUGCCGCUGCAUCAGGGGCCGCUACUCGUGGUCGAGGUAGAGGUCGUCCUCGUGGCUCGGGUACUCGAGGUGGUCGCAAAGCUGGUGGUGAUCGUCGCACCAGCAACCUUGCUAACGAGACCAAUGCCGAUGCUGCUUCUUAG